GGGCAGAACGUUCGCAGCGCUCUACUAUAAAAACGCGGAAGAAUCGCUUCCAUGCAGCAACUAUGUUUCAUCCACUCCUUUUUGCCGCACCAUUCCUGCUUGUCUUCUUCGCCAGAUGCGACUGUAAUGAAAUAACGAGCAUCAUCAUGGGUGGAGAGUCUUCUGAAGAAAUUCCCAGAACUCAAGCAGAGCAUACGAUAUGGCUAACAUGCCGCACAGAACACAGCUCGGGCACCGCAUGUCCAGGCGCCGUAAACAGAACAAUGUUCUACCACGAACCUCGCACCAAGAAAUGCGCACCGUUCACUUUCCUUGGAUGUGGUGGAAACAACAACAAGUUCAACACACUUCCCGAAUGUGAAAGGUUCUGUAAAGGCUUCAGUGAAAUACCGACCAUCACCAUGGGCGGCUCUUCUGAAGAAAUUCCCGAUGAUAAAGUGGAGCGUGCGGUUUGGAUGACAUGCCACACAGAACACAGCUCGGGCACCCCAUGUCCAGGUACCGGAAACAGAACUAUGUUCUACCACGAUCCUCGCACUAAGAAAUGCACGGCCUUCACUUUUUUUGGAUGUGGUGGAAACGAGAACAAGUUCUACACACGUCUCCAAUGCGAAAGGUUCUGUAAAGUGAGACCCGAAGGUCGUUGCGGAGAAGAGAUGAAACAAGGGAUAUGUAGGGCAAUGCUCAGCAGAUAUUACUUCGACUGGAAAACAUGGCAAUGCCUCAGAUUUUACUACGGAGGGUGUUACAGCAACGGCAACAAUUUCGAAACACGAAAAGAAUGCGAGCGUGCAUGUAAACGUUGAGAUCAACGAAAGCCGGCAGCGGCAUUCCGGCCCCGACUCGCUCCUUUGCGGUUCGUCUCCAAUUUAUUUCAAAUAAAAUAUACAGCUAUCGGAAAGCGU